AUGCAUCUCGCAGGAGUAGUUGUUCUUGGAGACUUCAUUCCCUCUCUUGCCUUUCUCGAUUGGGGAGGUCACUGCCACCGCAUGAAGGCCGUUCAUAAAGUAUUCGAUGCGUUUGCUGACAAGCUCAUCGAUGAGCAUGUUGAGCGGAAAAGGAGGAAAAAGUCAGAAGAACCAGACAUUGUUGUCGUGAUGUUGGACAUGGCGGAGAGUGAAAAUCCCGAGAUAGACGUCUCUCGGAUACACAUCAAAGCAAUCAUCUUGGAUAUGCUAACUGCCGCAACAGAAGCAUCUGCUACAACUGUAGAAUGGGCAAUGACUGAGCCUUUGCUUGUGCCACAUGAGUCCACCCAGGGUUGCAAUGUGGGAGGAUACUACAUUCCACCAAAAACAAGGUUAUUUGUGAAUGCUUGGGCGAUGGGAAGGGAUGAAAGCGUUUGGGAAGAUGCUUUAGAAUUCAAGCCGGAGAGAUUUAUUGGCUCAAGAAUAGAUGUGAAAGGCCACCACUUUGAAUUGUUGCCCUUUGGAACAUGA